AUGCUCGUUAGAGAUCACACUCAGACCGCGCAGGAAUUCUUGGCUGCCUCCGACCGCGAGUUCGCGGUUGGAGAAACCUUGCAAGCCUCGGAGAAACUCUGGGGCGCGGCGGCCCACGCAAUAAUGGCGGUGGCCCAGCAACGGGAACUGGAACACGGCACCCAUCGUGCGUUGAUAAAUGCCGGGCGGCAAAUCGCCGACGAAACCGACAACGACCAACUGCGUUUGGGAAUACUCGCUGCGCAGCACUUCCACUCGAAUUUCUACAACGGCACGAUGGAGGACGAAGACAUCGAGUACGACCGACCGUUGGUUCAUCGCUUCGUUACCCUGAUGCUGACCCUCGUGGAAUAA